AUGCAAAGAACGCCCCCAAGAAACGAAGAAUCUCCUGUAUCGAAGGAAGAUUUCAAGCUGAGCGAUGUACCGCUCGCUGGACCCAGUUUGACCGAGUACACUCCCGAGCAGUACAAGAACCUCAAAUUCAAGGCAGACUACUAUCUUCUUCCACUCAUGUGGCUAUGUUAUGGUAUUCAGUCAGCCGACAAGAUAGCAUUAGCGCUGGAGGACGGGCACGACUUUAUUGAUAUACAUGGUGAACGAUAUUUUUCAUCUCAUCGUGAUAUGUUGGAAGCUCUAACGUUGCGUAAUAGAUAUGCUGGGGACUUCAUAUACAGGAUGGUAACGAGACUAGUGAUCUUCGUCAUUGUCGGGCUGGUUACAUCAAAGUGGAAGAACCUCCGUCUGUAUAUCAUGGCGCUUGCGACGAUCCCUCCAUUCAUUGGUUUCCUUGGGAUGGCUCUCAUCGAGUCGAGCGCAUCUACUAAGUGGACGAAAUGGGGGAUGCUGAGUAGGUACUUGGGGUGGACGCUUAUUCCCUCGAACGUUCCCGGGCGUACUAAGCGAACCGUCACUUCCUCGUUUACGUUCAUUUGUUUCUGUGCUGGAAACAUAUGCGGGUCACAGAUAUUCAAAGCCAAGGACACUCCAACUUACAUGCCGGGCGUCAUCGCAUGCAACGUAUGCCUCGGGCUGGAUUUCCUUGUCAUUGUUGCCUGGCGUAUGACUCUGGUAUUGCGGAAUAGACGUCGGGAUAAGGCUAUGCUCACGGAUGGGCUGACCGAGGAGGAGAGAGAAAUGCAGGGAAAGAUUAACGGAGAAUCGGAUCUGACGGAUUUUGAGAAUCCUCAUUUUCGGUACACUCUGUGA